UUUCGUCCUUUCCUCAUCCCUCGGUUCUCCCUCUCUUUAAAUCUUAACCGUCCUUUCGCUCCCAGUCCCAGAAAAUCCCCAAAAUCCCCUAGCCACCACCGAAAGCCCCCAAAAUCCAACGCCGUGGAGCCAAAAGCAGUGAAAUCUGACAUAGUUCUUAUCCUGGACUAUGGCUCCCGAUACACCCAUCUUAUCGCUCGCCGAAUUAGCUCUCUAAACAUCUUCUCUCUCUGCAUUUCUGGCACUUCUCCUCUCGAGGCCAUCACUUCGCUCAACCCCAAAGUCAUCGUCCUCUCCGGAGGGCCCCACUCGGUCCAUUCUCCUAAUUCCCCCACCUUUCCUUCUGGUUUCGUGGAGUGGGCCCAGUCCAAUGGUUGCUUCGUGCUUGGCAUUUGCUACGGAUUGCAUUUGAUAGUGCAGAGAUUGGGAGGGGAAGUGAAGUUUGGAGAAAAGCAGGAAUAUGGGAGGAUGGAAAUUGAGGUCGGAAGGAAUUUGGGUGUUUUUGGGAAAAAAAAAAAGUCGGAUAGGCAGGUAGUUUGGAUGAGCCACGGGGUUGAGGCUGCACAAUUGCCUGAGGGGUUUGAAGUAGUGGCAAGGAGUGAACAAGGGGCGGUUGCAGCGGUGGAGAAUCGGGAGAAGAGGUUUUAUGGGUUGCAGUACCACCCAGAGGUGACUCAUUCACCAGAGCGCAUGGAUACGCUAAGCUAUUUUCUCUUUGAUGUUUGUGGAAUCAGUGCAAAUUGGAACAUGGAAAAUGUAGUAGAUGAAGAAAUCAAGGUGAUCAAAGGUACAUUAGGAGCUGAAGCUCAUGUCAUAUGUGCAUUGUCAGGGGGUGUGGAUUCCACAAUUGUUGCUACCCUUGUUCACAAGGCAAUUGGAGAUAGACUUCAUUGUGUUUUUGUUGACAAUGGUUUAUUAAGGUGUAAGGAGAGAGAAUGUGUGACGGAAACUUUUGAAAGGGAUCUGAAUCUACCCGUUACUUGUGUGGAUGCUUCAGAGCAAUUUCUUAGCAAGCUGAAAUACUGAUAUGAAAAGGAAGAUCAUCGGAAAGGAGUUCAUUAGCAUUUUUUAUGCUUUUGCCAAUGAUUUGGAGCAACAGUUGGGAAAGAAACCUACUUACCUGGUCCAAGGUGUCAAGGGGUAGGAAGUUUGUGUAGUAAAAUAUAAAUUUUGAGUACUAAAGGGGAUAUUUUAUAUUUAUUUUCUAUUUAUGUAAUUUUAGAGUGUAAUGGCUCAAGCAUAGCGAUGUUCCCUCCUGUCACACUCCAUUUUGUUCCUAUCGCUCUUUAGGGGGGAGUGACUAAUCGGCCAGUGCUGGGCCCGGCUGUCACCGAUUGUUGAGUCCCUGUCCCUUUACUCCUUAUAGGUUUUCCCCCUGCUUACAAGUAAUGUGAGGAUUGCUUGUCUCCUUAUGUUAAUUGAUAUUAUUUAAAUGAAAGAAAUAGCAUGUUCACUAA